UCCCGCCUUUUCCUCCUCUCAAUACCGAUAUUAAAUCAAAUUGUGUUUAGCUGUCCGCCUUAUUCCAGGAUUCUCGUUAAUUUAAUGUGAUUCUUUAAAGUGUAGUUAAUUGGGGUUUAACAUGUUUUGAUAUUUAACAUUAUUGACACAUUGGAAAAUAACAAGCCUUCGUAUUAUUAGUUGAAUCAUGAAUGAUGACAAUGCAAAGAGUAGGAGGCUGAUGUUGAUAUCCAAAUGGAAAAGUUUAUCACGAAAGUCUCUAUUACGUGAAAGGUCUUUGACACCGGAGAUGCAGCCUGAAUCCCAUACCAAAAAUGUCAAACGGAGUUCCAAAACAAGGGAGUACCUUACUCCAAUUGCAAAUGAAUCAACAAGUAUUAGUGGGAAACAACCUUUAACAGUGGUUGAUACCAAAAGUCUUGCCCGAGUAUGUGAAGAUAAAGAAAACAAACUCCUAUCAAGUGACAAUUUUCAAUUAAACAACUUGAAAGUUGACACAGUCCCCACCAUCAACAGUGUAAUUGAUGAUAGAACCAUCAAUCAUUUUGAAACAUUUGCUAAUCUCAACGAUGAUAUUGAGGGGAAAACACAUCUGGAAGUUUUGGCUGCAGAUGUAACCCUAGAUUUAAGCCUACCUUUUGUUAUUGGUGAUUUAGUCUGGGCCUACAUUUCUGGAUACCCUCUUUGGCCGUCACUUAUUACUCAGGAUCCAAUAGAAUUUCUUUAUACAAAAACUAGAAUUACAGGAAAGACAGAAAUCAGGCUAUUCCAUGUUGAAUUCUUUGGAGAUAAUGGGUCUAGGAGCUGGCUGUCUGCGAAUGUCUUGUUUCCUUUCAAUGGAGGUGUAGAAGAACUACUAAAGGAUAAAAAUGGUUUUUUAAAACAUAUUCUGAGCAAAAGCAAAAUUUUCAAGUCCCUUCAGCAAGCCAUCAAAAGUGGAAGAAAAAAUUGGCAAUUAGCUUUAGACGAGGCAAAGCAGGUCAUGCCUUCACCAAGGGAACAACGAUUGGUACUGUUUAGAAAACUUCUCCAAUCCAAAGAAGAAGAACGCAUUCAGAGAAAAAGGAAAUCCAUGGAUGACUCAGUGGACAGAAAACCGAAGCGGCGGCGACAGAGUAAAGAAAGCUUGGAAGACCAUGUUUCCCUAGAAGAACAACAAUCAGUAGUUUUGGCUGAACGCAUUCAGACCUUGAGUGAUGUGAGCGAGAAACUGGAAGAAAUUGCCUGCCCAGAUGAUAACCUCGUAGACGUGGUUCUACCAAAUGAUGCCAAUAAAGAUGUGCAAAAGAAACGCGAUAAGGAAAUGCGCGUUGACGUUUGCGAGUGUUGUGGGUCUCGAGAAGGCCAGACGUUGUCAUGCAGCAAGUGUCGCCUAGUUUAUCAUCCCGAAUGUACAAAAAAGGAUUUGGGAGCACUAUCAAAAUUCGAAACUUUCUUAUGUCUUAACUGCGAUCCCUCGACUAACUCAAAGUGCUGUCUUUGCCAACAAUCGGAAGGCGCAAUGCUUUCUUGCAAUUUCAAGCUGUGUGGAAGAUACUAUCAUCGUAAUUGUCUGAAAUUGUUCCAUUCUCCUAGCGUGAAGCAAGAAAAAACAGCCUCCCAAUUCACAUGCCCAGCGCACUAUUGCCAUACUUGCGUCGCAGACUUGAAUGAAUUGCACCAAGCAGAGAAGAAACUUGUUCGUUGUAUAUACUGUCCAACUGCCUAUCAUCAAAGUGAAAAAUGUCUCGCUGCAGGCUCUGUCCAGUUGUCCAAUACGCAGAUGAAGUGUUUUAAGCACGUGGAAAAUCGUGAAGUAGCUAAAAAACCCAAGAAGGAGAAAAAGACGAUUAUACCCAUCCACUAUAAUGUGAAUUGGUGUAUUGUUUGUUCUGAAGGCGGCAGCCUAAUAUGCUGUGAACGCUGUCCUUCGUCGGUUCAUACUCGUUGUGCAGGCUUGGAAACGGAACCGGACGGAUCUUUCCUUUGCUAUGAAUGUACGUCUGGCAAGACCAUCCUUUAUGGCGACAUAGUAUGGGUGAAAAUGAGCAUAUACAGGUGGUGGCCUGGUAGAGUGUACCCUUUGGACGAGAUACCGCCUAAGCAUCAGAAAUACCAACCCAAGACCGGAGAAUUCCUUGUCUAUUUUUAUGGUAGCAAUAACAGCGCUUUCGUUUACCGUGGCCAAGUCUUCCUCUAUCAAGACGGCGACCAAGGAUGUAAAGUGAAGAGUAAAAAUAAAUUGGGAGAUGAUUUUAAGCAAGCCUUAGAAGAUGUAACGCCUGUCUUUCAGAUGCGUAAGCAAGUACUUGCCGAGCGAAAAGCCGAACGACAAGCGAAGAUCAACGUUAAACCACCACACUACAAUAAAAUCCGCAGUAACAAACCUGUCGGUAAAGUUCGUAUGCAAGAUUCUAGCCCCUAUUCGUCCUCUCUGUGUGACUGUGAGGUGUCGGAAGGCCAGCCGACUUGCGGAUCGGAUACAGAAUGUCUUAACAGGAUAUUAUUGUUUGAAUGUGAUCCAAACGUGUGCGCUGGCGGCAAAUUAUGCCAGAACCAGCGUUUUCAACAACGCCUUUCUCCCCCACUCUAUUCGUUUAAUACUGGAGGGAAAGGCUGGGGACUUAAAUCUCAAGCUGAUAUCAAGAAAGGCGAUUUCGUCAUAGAAUACGUAGGAGAGAUAAUCGACAAUAGCGAAUUCCGGCGUCGUCUAAAAGCCAAGCAAGAUGCUCAAGAUGAGGCCUAUUAUUUCCUGACGUUAGACAACAAUCGAAUGAUUGACGCUGGUCCUAGUGGCAACUUGGCUCGCUUUAUGAAUCACUCUUGUCAGCCCAACUGUGAAACGCAGAAAUGGACCGUCUUAGGGGACACCCGAAUAGGACUCUUCGCCAUGGUUGAUAUACCUGCCCAUGCAGAGCUAACAUUCAAUUACCAAUUAGAAUGCGCUCAAGACGUCGCCAAUGAGAGCAAUCAGAGACAACAACCCUGCCAUUGUGGAGCUCCAAAUUGUGCUGGCUUCAUUGGAGCCAAACCCAAGCAGUUAAAAGUGGAAAAGAUUAAAUCAAUAAAGGCCAAAAAGAAAAAGCAACAACGGAAGCUAGAGAAAGAAAAGGUGGCUGAAGAUUUUUGCUUCCGCUGUACGGAAGGUGGUCACUUAGUUGUGUGUGAUUUUAAGAAUUGCAGUAAAGUUUACCAUCUCGAAUGCCUUAAACUUUCUGCUCCCCCGAAAGGCCAAUGGACAUGCCCAUGGCACCAUUGUGAUGUGUGUGGCCGCAAGUCCACUCAGUUUUGCAGCGUGUGUCCAAACUCCCUCUGUUCUACGCACGCUAUAGAAGUGGAUAUGCAAUCUCAUGAUCAGCUUGGUUUAAUCUGUAAAGAGCAUUCCCAAGAAGAAACAAAUUUUUUUGUCAAGCGUCUUCUAGAAGAAGAUACUGCAACUGUGGCGACAUCGCCUGAGCCUUCCACAUCGCUCAGUGAAACGAGUAGCUGUUGAUUGAGCCUUAUAUAAAGAUAAUGCAUUUAUAUUCGUUUCGUCAUCUUCCCUUUUUUCAUCGAUUAUUGCUAACAAGUAUGCUGAAUACAUAAUUGCCUUGUGAGUCUCGAACAGAAUUUUAAUUCAAAAUCUGCUCCGUGUUGCAUGACUCCCCAAGCCAUAACUUUUUCUUUCAA